AGAGUUACCAACUAAAUCUUCAGAGAGUACCACAGAACCGGCACAACUAACAACCGACGAAGUCUCCGAGGAACAGAAGACAGGUUGAUAGAUUGAUAUCCAUAAAUUGAAAUAAUAAGAAACAUAUUGUUUGCAUUUAAAUAAACCAGUCCACAAAUUUUACACCUCGACGUACAAUACCGUGUUAAGAUAGCGGCGGUUUUAAGUUACUGUUAGGGACCUACCACACCACUUACAAUGCAGACAUCCAAGAUGGCGGCGAUUUUGAACACCAGUUUAGGUUUUGCCAUGAUAAGGUUAUUUGCACAAAAAACAAAUUACUUCAUGUUACCCUUUUGUUGUAUCUGGUAACCAUGACAACCGAUUGUCACCAUACUUGGCAAAAAUGUGUCUUUAGAUUAGAGAACAGGAGAACAGCUACCUAGAGGUGUGAGGCUCUAGAAAAACCACAUGAUGAAUAAUGAUAAUAAUAAUGAUAAUGAUAAUGAUGAUGAUAAAAUGAUUGACAAGCAAUAUUUUUCACCGAUGAGUCGCCUAUGUGGUGAAAGGGAGGAAACUGUCAGCCAUAUAACAACAGAAAUACAAGAAAUUAGCUCAAAAGCAAUAAAAGAACUGGAGGCACGAUCAGGUUGCUAAAGUUGUUCAUUGGAAUCUCUGCCAAAAUUACGAUCUGUAGUGCAAAGAAACUUAGUACAAUUAGGGAGUGAUGGAAAAUGACCAAGUGCAGUUACUGUGGGAUUUCAGAAUUCAGACUGUGAUCACCAUUUAGAACAUAACAGGCCCGAUAUAGUUCAUUCAUUCAUUCGUUUUCAUUCAUUCAUUCAUUUUUUUUUUCCAUUAACCAGAAAUACAAGAACAGUAUACAGAAACUUAUAAUACAUUAAAGAUAAUAUACAAUAUUCUAACUAAAUUAUUUACAAGAUCAGAUAUUUAAAGUGGUAAUGACAAGGAAGUCUAUAAACUAUAGACUUCCUGAAACUAUAGGGUAAACGGCCACGCAAGUUAAGUCGUAUUGGAAAGGGGAGCAGAGUGUGCCAAACCAUCGAUGUAACAUGUCCUUUUGAUACCCGACUUGCAGAAAAAGAACGAGAGAAGAUCGACUACUACUAGGACUUAAAAGUGGAAUACAAAAGAUGUGGAACUGGAAAAACGUAUCUGUUGUUCCAAUUGUAAUUGGGGCACUUGGGGCAGUGACCAAGGAGCUGGACGUAGCCAAAGAACUAGAGCUGCUACGGAAAGCAUGCAACAUUGUAGAUCCCAGCUACAAAUCACUGUUUUAAAACGAAACGAGCUUCAGCGCAAUGCUGCGUGUAAAAAGCACAAUCCAGGCCUUAAAGCGUCUUUCGACAGUAACUAAAGUACAAAAUGCGAUAGAAAAGAACUUUAUGCUAUUUGUAGUUAUUCAAGCCUUAAAAAAGUCGGUUAUGUUCCUCUGCAUGCUCUGUACACCUUUCGCAAAUCGUUAUUUGAUAUACAGCGGUUAAGCUUUUGAAAUCGCGCACCUUGCAAACACAAACUAUGAUCACCUGAUCACUGCAAUAAAGAGGUUAAAUUUAUGUGAAUUUACUCUCUGGUGUCGAGAUUUAAUGUGCGUCGUCAAUAUUAGAGAGAUUCCGUAUUAUGGAGGUUUUUUUGAUAAUUUUUUGAUAUUUUUUUCGGGACAUUAGAAACUGUCCGUAUUAGAGAGAUGUCCGUACCGAGAGGUUCGACUGAAGUAAUAAUAAUUAUCAUAAAAAUUACUAUUAUUAUUAUCAUUAUUAUUAACGGCAGUGCUAUAAUUAUUUGCAAUCACAAUAACUAUAUCUACUUCACCUCUCUGUACAUUAUAUUUUUAUUCAGAUUUCACUUUCGAAGUUCGUGUUAACGAGGAGUGGGACGACCAAUUAAAGGACGAGAACAGUGAGAAAUAUAAGAAAAUAUCCACAGUGCUUAAAGAACAGGUACAGUUAACCAGGGAGGUACAGUAUCAGAUUUAAUUUUUUCAAACUGGCAAGAUUUUUUCCUUGGGAAUCCCCUCUUAUCCCUUUUCAUUGCAUGCUUCCCAGGCAACAAUAAACGUUUUUGGCCAAAAUUAAGUUCAAUAGUAUGUCGUUAAGUAAAAAACACUCUAACUCAUCACGAGUAAAUUUAAUGUGUAGUUUAAAAAAAUAACAAUAAACUAGAAGACUGCCGAUGGAAGAUUCAUUUAGUUUAAAAUCCCAUUUUAUAAUAAUUUAUGUCCUAGCAAAAAAGACUUUUUAUUAGCUGACAGGGAGUAUGUUAUAACGCUUUUGAUCGUCAAUACCUUUUUGAAGAGUACUGAACAAAGAUUACCUAAAUAUUUCUUAGAGUCGAGGUGGCUCAGAGGUGAACAAUUUUGCACUUCCUUCUCUCAAGCCUUAACUGCCAUUUCGUUUAGAUACUUGUACUAGUAUUUCGACAAGAAACUAAUUGCACUGUGAGUGUGUACAUGGGUACCCGCAACAUACAGCUGAGGGUAAUUCUGAUUUUGACUAGCACCCCAUCCAGAAGUUGGCCUAACAAUAAAACAAAACGCUUUCGCAACUGCCUCCAGGUUAAUCUCCCACCGUUUUGCUUUCACUCGCGCCUAACCAAAGUUUUCCCAUAGUCACGUAUUAAACUUAUAGAGCCUUUUCAUAUGAAGUCAGGUCCGCCAUGUUGGUGUCUCAAAAUUAUAAUACGGCGGCCAUGUGGAUGAUUGUAACUAGUCCUGUGGGAGUUGAACUCUCUUCUCAUGUAAACGUUUUCUUAAGUCGCAAUAAAUUUGCAAAGCUGCUGGCCACGUAAGUGAAAACACUCUAAACUAGGCUUAAUGAAGUAUUGAGAAAAUAUAUUAAUGUCUCUUGACGUUGCCAACUAAGUGCUAAUUUUGAUUGCUAUUUAGAAUUUUUUGUGCGUUAAUACAGGAAAAAACUCACUAUUUCUUUUUAUCUUUUUAUCUAUAUUCUUCACUCGACAUUGCAGAUUCAAAGAGCAUAUUUUGGAAAGUCUGAACUGCAAAAUGUGGAGAUAAUUUCAUUUAGGUAAUGUGCAUUUAAUUGUGAUUAUCAUUGGCAUCAUAAUCUUCAUCAUUAUUUUAUAACUAUUAUUAUCAUCAUCAUCAUCAUCACUAUUAUUAUUAUUAUUAUUAUUAUUAUUAGUCUGACAUCGGACUUUGUUCCCUUGACCGACUCUGGAGUAACCAAUCAACAGGUCCGCCCGGGCCUCCUAGUGAGUAUCAGGGAGGUGCAUGACUCUUUAUCAACCCUAAUUUAAUGUUGGGAAAGCAAUUGGCCCUGAUAUAUGAUACCGAAUAGGGUCUUAAAGGAUUUCGCACCUGAACUCGCCCCGCUAGUUAUGGAUAUUUAUAACUGCUCACUCAGGGAGGGCUAUGAUCCUGAUCUGCUGAAGCGAUCCAUAAUCAACCCCCUGCCCAAGGUUUCUCCGCCUCAAGAAAUUCAAUCUGACUUGAGACCUAUCUUCCUGACAUGCACCCUUGCCAAAGUCAUGGAAGGGUUUGCACGCUGCAGGCUCGUGGCCCAAAUUUCGGAAAAACUUCACCCACGCCAGUACGCAAGGGAGGGGAACUCCACCACGGACGCCUUGAUUUAAAUCCUACAGGUGAUUCACGGUGGCAACUGAUCGUGGGAAUUGUGGGGCUAGAAUGUUCUUUGCCGAUUACUCAAAGGGUUUUGACCUGAUUGACCAUUCGAUUCUUCUCAGGGAGUUUACUUCUUUCGAUAUAGACUCUUUGACAAUCUUAAUUAACUGGAUUAGGGCCUUCCUGACUGGGAGAUCGCAAGCUGUAAAAUUGGAAACUCUCUGUCUGAUUGGAAGUCAACCAGGGGAGGUAUCCCGCAAGGGACGAAACUGGGUGUGAUUUUGUUUGCUGUGAUGACCAACAAUCUCUUGCGUGGCUGGCAUUUGAGGAUUAAAUUCGUUGAUGAUACCACGGCAUUAGAAAUCCUGCCACUGAGGAAUGGUAUUAGCUUACUAAAUGUAGCUGUCAAUGAUAUUCACAAGUUUUCUAUCGAACAUAAUAUGAAAUUAAAUCCGAAAAAGUGCAAAGAAAUGUUAAAAAAUCUCCAUGAAUCUCCCCGUCUUAAUUUUGUUAGAACAAACCAGAAAAGACAAGGGACUUCCGCUUUUCACACGUCACACGUCACACAUCUAUCAAAACUGUCAACGCGCGAACAAGAUGAAUAAAAAAUCAAAACAUCACACCGAUGAACAUUUCUAAAAACUCAUCGGGGUUCUAGGAUUUUACACAGCACGACAACUAAAAACACAAUGAGAACAAAAAUAAUUUUGAACUGCAGGCGUCGAAAUUACUGUGAAUUUAAUUUUAUGGUGCAGUUUUGCUGAACGAGACAAGAAGCGAUACUGACGCCUGGAUUGCCGUAGUGAAUGGCUGCAUACCCUCUAUUUGUAGCUAGUUACUUGUGAUUUAUAUCCUUUAUGUCGGAUGAACAGACUGCAGUUAUCUAUCGGCGAGUGGCUUCGCGAUCAUGAAGAAACAAAUUGCGUCACCUAUGUUAUGUAAAUUACAUUACACUCUUCCCUCGAAACGUGAGUUUGGGGUGCCUGUGACCAGCCACACGUUAACAUCGUUUUCAUGCACCAAAAGCGCAGGUUUUCAAAAACGGUCCCCAAAGUAAAGAUUUUUGAAAACACCUACUUCUAGUAUACAUGUGCACGGACGAAAACGGAUGUUUGCGGUUAUGAUGAUGUCAUACAUCAUAUACUUCUAGUAUUACGUAUUCUCUGUGGGGGAUGCUAUCGUAUUUCAAUCGUUUUAGCGUUGUCAUGUGGACGUGCGGAAACGAUUCAAAUGUGCUUCGUGUGCACGCGUAUUCCUUCUUUUUUUUUUGGAAGCGGAAAAACAAUAAUAACAAAAAUAUAUCCGGAUACCUGUGGACGAGGCCUUAAUUCUUUGUGAUUUUUUUCCUCAGGAAAGGCAGUAUUGUAGCUGAAUUCAAACUGACAUUCAAAACGAGUCUAACUGCCAAACAAGCCAUGGCCCCACUAAAGCAAGAAACAGCCGAUGGAAAACUAGGGAGCUUAGAGGUGGACUCUAAUUCUUUGAAACUUAAGGACAACAAUCAAGGUAAGUUGCCAACGAGAUCUUACCCAAAAGUAAAUGGUACUGUGAGCGCGUUGAAAGCUGGAGAUGUAUCUUAAGUAGGUUGUAUCAGUUAUGGGCUCCUGGUUGAAUAUAUAUGAUGGUAUGAGUUUGGUUCUUCUAAUAUCCAAAACAUGUGCGGAGGUUGUAAACAUACUCGAAUUGAUCUGUAAGGAUUAGACUCUAAUGAUUGGUCAACUACUUUUCCAUUUUAUCGGUUGCCGGCGGUAUAAUAUUAUUGCCUGUGAGGACUCUAGGCGCUUUGCGUAGAAAUUUAUCGGCGUUUUUUUUCCCACGUUAAACAAGCUUUCUAAAGCAAUAUCUAAAGAGCACGUUCUACAUUUGUUAGAACUACAGCCACUGCGAUUUUUUUCUUUAAUCAUGAGCCUUAGACCUUAGGAUUGAAAUUGCUUUGUGACAUGGUACUUUAUUCUCAUUUACUCAAAUACUACCCUUGACCCACAAACACACUCAAUCAUUUUUAUUAGAAAAUCAUUAAAAAAAUUUAAGAUCUAUUGCUUCCACUGGCAGUUAUAUUGAAAGAACCAUGGAAAGUAUUACGAAAAAAAAAAAAAAUCAGUCGGAAUAUCUCGAAUCGCAUGUUAAUCUUGUUGGAUGUAUUUUGCAUUCCACCUAAUUAUUAUUGUCUUAUUAUUGUCACAGGUGGAAACAAGGAGGAAGAGUCCAGCAAGUCGUCCAAUCUGCCGUUAAUUAUUGGGGUUACGUGCGGUGCUAUCGUGUUAAUUGCCACCAUCGUAAUCUCGGUCGUUUUCCACUGUAGACGCUCCAAUCCACGUGAUACCAACAGCGAUCGCAUGCCUGCCGAAGGGAGCGGCUCAAAACGAGAGCGAUAUGAAUUGAAACCAAUAGAUUCGAAGGACAAAGACAUUGUUUCGGUUGAGGAAAAAGGCAUUAAUAACGAGGGAAUGGAAUAAACGGCCCACUGAUACCUCACCCCCGUCUUGCUAAAAUACCUUCAUUUUCUGAAUCUAGCAAAUGUGCUUACAAGCGACACUUCUUUUGACAGCAUCUUACUGUCUUCGAUAGGGCAGUGAGGUCAAGUUCUCACUGACGCUUGCAACUUCAAGCACAUGUUUUUGAUUGUUUGUUUUUAAGUUGUACUUUUUUAAUGUUUAUUUUUUUAGUGGCAGCUGCUUUUAUAGAAAUAUAUUAACCGUACAUUGCAAUACUAAAAUUAAAACCACGCUUGAGUGACAGUUUGCAUAGCAGAAGCUUCACCUUAUAUUUCAGUAUUACGCUAUUGCGUCUGAAAGUAGACGUUACCUUGGUAGCAAAAGUAUUUCUUGACAGAGAUGGACAUUUGCAUUGUCCAACGAAGGAAGAAACGUAUGGGCACUGCAUGAAUUCUCCUCUGGAAUUAUGCUCAGGAAAAUCAUGCAUGUCGAUUUUUAUUUCCACAAUUUUUGCAGGACCACGGUUUGUUGAGAUCCAGAAAUUUUGCUACCAUGGCU